UAGAUCAAAACACGGCAUUUUCGUACAUCAACGGCACAGUACAUGCUGCAUACAGUUUUACAAGGAAGAAGGUGUUUUUCAAUAUAACGGGUACUGAAUUAAGUCCAUUGAUACCUAGACCUGUGCCAGAGAAUACAGUUCUACUAUACGAUUUUGAAAAGCGGAUGAUGUACUCACUAAGUGGAGGCGAGUGCCAGAAGUCCAGUUUAGAUAGUAAUAUGACAAACCAGUGCAUUCCAAAUGACGCCAAACAAAUUGCAACUGGGGUGUUUGGAUCAGGCAACACAACCAGGUUGUUACAUACCUACCAGUUCUCUACAGAUAUAGACGUACCUUAUGACAUCACCGCCACGGUAUUUAAAAAUGAAUUGACGCCUAUACACCCUAAGGUAUGCGAGCCGUUUUAUGUGAACUACUACACUCCUUCAGUGAACCCUGACAGCGGAUCAAUGUACGGCUUACAAUUUAUGGACAUUGGUCCUAUAAAAUCGGAGAAAAUAUUUGACAUUCCGAAACCAUGUAUCACAGUUUAAAACCGCACAUAUUUAAUUUAAAUUAUUUCUUAAAUGUACUUAUGCGCGGACUAAACAAAUGAAGCUAAAAAUUUACUAUCACUAUUUAAAUUGUAUUUAUACUGAUUCUUUAAAAUUUAGUUCACGUUAAAACCAAAACCAUUCAGUCACUUCUUUGUGGAUCCAGUGUGAUAUGUCUGGUAUUUUAGGAUUAGGCGUAAAAAACAAAUUGUUUGUUUCCGGUAUCCCGACCUUGGCCUUGGAGAAUUCUUUUUCAACUUUUUGACAAAAACUUGCAAAACUGCACUUUUUAUGCUUUAAACAUGGUCAGUGAUGUUAGAAAUCAACUUACUGAUGCUCUAAAGGCAUAACCCCCCUAUUUGUAUUCAUUUUUUGACACAAAAAUAAUUUCCGAAAAGUCUCCCUUAAUAAAAAAAAAAAAUAAACAAUUCCAACCUACCUGCCCUAAUUUUUUUGAGCAUGUUACCGGAAACAAAGAAUUUUUUUUAGGCCUUACGGAGUCCAUUGAAUAGUUCCGCCUAAGCCAGUACUUUCCAUUACUUCUCAGGAACAGACUCAAUCAAACUUAGUCUGCUAUUAUUUUGCUUGGUUGUAUCUAUGCUUCCAAAGGAUCUUCGUACAGAUUUUGUUAAACAGUUUUUAAAUUGUAGGUUAUCCCUCUGGCAAUGAUAAAACGAAUUGCUGCAACAACAUGGUCUGUCUCUUGGAAUGCGAGAAUAUAUGUGCACAUUAACCUUUUGGUAUUUGUUUGUAAACUAUUUUUGAACUUGUUAUUGCUUUAGUAUGUUUAUUUCAUGAGUUUUAUGGCAUUUAGAAAGUUGUAAACCAUAUUGGAACUUACGGCAUACUCGUAUCCAUGAAUGCCACAAGACAAAAAAUAACGAGAACAAUCCAUAUAUUAACAUUUACAGUGGCUUUACUAUAAUUACCAAUUUGUAUCAGAUAUUAGUAACGUACAGUAUUAUGGCGUUUUUAGCUCGUCUGAUUUUUGAAAACAAUCUACGAGGUGUUGUCGUCAUUUGAUCGUCGGCGUCGAUAUCGGUGUCGGCUUUGGUUAAAAGAUUUGUUUAGGUCCACCUUUUCUCAAAAACUAUGAGCUACAGCUUUGACACUUUGAACACUUAGUUUUCAUCAUUAGGGGACUACGUAGGCCAAAAACCAUAAAUCUUAUGUGCAUUUUGUCAGAAUUAUGGCCCUUUUUGUACUUAGAAAAUCUAAAAUUUAACUUUUUUGUUACAUAUUGUCCAGCACUUGCAGACGAGCGAUGUCACCCUCAGGCGGUGCGUUUGUUGAUUUUAGCAGUGUGAAACCCUUUUGCUGUUGAUAACAUUAUUUGUUAUAUAAGCUCUCACUCAUUUAGAAGUAUGAAGUUUAAAUUUAAUAUUAUAUGUUAUGAAAAUAUUCUGUAUUGAAAUAUCAUAUGAAAAAGUAACAAAAUAUGAUUAAAGAUAAGUACAGUCA